AAAAUAAAAAAAUAAAUUAGUCAUUGAAUAUUAUUUUCUUUAUAAUUAAAAAAUUCUAAAUUAAUUUUUUUUUUCUUUUUGGUAUUUAAAGACAGAGUGUGUAAUGAAAUUUUGGAUACUUGGAUUAACAAUAAUUUUAACAUUUGGAAUUUACUUAGUAAGUAAAAAUAAUAAAAUUGAAAAAUCUGAAAUAUUUAAACGAAGACUUGAAUAUGGUUAUAAAAAUAAUAAUUCAAUAAAAUGUAAUUUACAAUAUUCAAAUAAAUUGGAAAUAAAUAAAUUAAAUAAUAAUAAUAAUCAGGAAGUUGAUAUAAAUAUUGAAAAAAAUAAAGAGUUGAGUCAUAAAGAGCACGAAGACAGAUAUUUGCCUUGUAUCAAUAAUCGUAAGAUUGAUUUUCAACUUAAAUCUAAUUAUGUAGACAAACAUUCUUGUACCAAGAAAAUCAAUAAAACAAGAGUUGACGACAAUAAUGAAAUUUACAUGAAAAAAAUAGGAAGUAAAUGUCAAUUUAAAAAUAAUUUUAUCAACAGCAAAAGUAAUGAGAAAGCUUCUGGAUUAAAUCAUCAAGAUCAAUUGAAUGUAAAUAAUAACUACCAGCCAGUUGUUGGUAAAAUUUAUAAAAACUGUAAACGUCGUUUUUGAAAAAAAAAAAAAAAUGCUCCGACAAUGUUCAUCGUGUGGUCCACCUGAUUAUUCAGUUGAUCAUGCUGGAACAACUGGUGAAUCUUGGCUCUCAAAAGCAACAAAAGAAUGUAGAAAAUUAUCAAAUUUUGCAACAUCAAAUACAAAAUUUAUAAUACAAAAUACUUAUGAUAAUAAUACUGAAUUAUUUACGAAAAUUGGACAAUGGUUUAUUGGUUUACUUGUCGUAUACAUAUUUUACAAUGAAUUUUUUAAAUGUUUUAUAAAUUUUAUAUGGGAUACUGCUUAUAUUAUUAUUGGUAUAUUUGGAUCAUCAGUAUCACUUGUUUAUCUCAUCAGUAAAUCUGAAUAUUCAAAUGAAUCAAGACAAGCUGUUGAUGAUGAUGUUGAUAAUGUAAAAAAAAUUACAACUGAAAAACGUGAUAAAAAAGAUAUCAUCAGUGUGGAAAAUAAAUCUCGACAUGAUACAAAUGAUCUAGAUAUAAUUACAGUUAAAAAAAGUAAAAAUAAACGGAUUAAAAAAAUACGAUGCAAUGAUUAUGAUAAUUGUCUACUAGAUAAUUAUUAAUAAUAAUGAAAAAAAAAAAAUUUUUUUUUCUUCAAUUUAAUUAUUAUUAAAAAAACAAAUUAAAUACUAUCAAGAAAUUCAUUGAACCCGUCACACUUAGUAUGCAUGGUUUUUUUUUUUUAACAAUUGACCCAAUUCAUUGACACCUGAAACAAUAAACAAACAAAUUUAUUUAUUAUUUUUCUAGCAUCAUUAAAAUUUAAUUCAGUUAAUGAUGGAAAAACAGAAGGUGAACUGGUUCCACCGGAUGGAGGCUGGGGUUGGCUUGUUCUUAUUGCUGCAGUAAUGGUUAAUGUACUUAUACCUGGAAUGAUUAAAUCAUUUGGUAUAUUAUUUGUUGUUUUUAUGACAGAAUUUGAAGCAUCACCACCAAGUGCUGCAAUGAUACCAGCUUUAUGUUAUUUUCUUUACAGUUCAUUAGGUCCUCUUUCAAGUAUUUUAUCAGUCAAGUACUCAUAUAGAACAGUUACACUUAUUGGUGGUACCUUUGCUGCUGUUGGAAUGAUGCUCAGUUACUAUGCUGACUCAGUUUUGUAUCUCUGUGUGAGUUAUGGAGUUUUUGUUGGCAUUGGUGCUGGUCUAUCAUUUCCACCAACAGUUUACAUAGUUACAUCAUUUUUUUUACGACUACGAGGUCUUGCAAAUGGUUUAUGUAUAUCAGGUAGUGCACUUGGUGCAAUAUUUCUUCCACCAAUACUUGGUUAUCUUCUUCGUGAAUAUGGAUAUAGAGGUGCUGUUUUAAUAAUGGGUGCUCUUACAUUAAAUGUAUGGGCCAGUGCAUUACUAUAUGAACCAGUUGAAAAACAUAUGAUAUGGAUACCAAAAGUAAAAAAAAAUAAUCAACUUGUUGAAGAAGAAGAUGAAGAAUAUGAAGAUGAUGAUGAUAAUAAUAGAGAAAAUAUAAAAGAUGAAGAAAUAACAACAAUUGGUGUAUUUGUAACAUCACCUGAAGAAGAAAAAAAAUUUAAUGAAUCAUUAAUAAUAUCAACAAAUAUAAAUGAUAAAUUACCACCAGUUGUACCAAAAAGUGCAUCAAGUGUAGCAUUAGAAAAUUAUAAAAAUACACCAGUACAAGGUAGAAGUCGUAAAAUAAGUAUGCCAACAACAACUGGACGUGAUAUUGCUGGACAAAUGCAUAGUACACCAGCACUUCAUGCUGUACCAGAAAGAGGUAUAUCAAGAAGACGUCCAACAGCAAGAUCACCAAGUACAUCAUCAUUUAAUUAUAUUAGUACACCAUAUCAUGGUUCAACACUAUCAGCAUUACAUCCACAGCAUGCUUCAACAUUAACAUUAAAUGCAAUAUCAAAUACAUUUAGAAAAUCACCAGAAAAAACAACAAAACAAAAUGACAAUGAUAUUGAUACAAAAUUUUUUGAUUUAAGUUUAUUAAAAGAUCCAAUUUACCUCAUAAUUUUAAUAUCAAAUAGCACAAAUGCCGUUAGUUAUACAAAUUUUGUUAUAUUAUUACCAGCAUAUGCAGUUAGUCUUGGUUUUGAUAAAGAUGAUGGAGGUUUAUUAUUAUCAGUUGUAUCAAUAUUUGAUUUAAUUGGUAGAAUUGGUGGUUCAGCAUUAUCUGAUAAAAAAAUUAUGCCAAAACAUUGGUAUUUUGUUGGUGGACUUAUUGUAUCUGGUAUAUCACUUGCAUUAUUACCAACAGCAAAAACAUAUAGUGUUAUAUCAAUUUGGUGUGGAAUAUUUGGUUUAGCAUCUGGUGUUUAUGUUGGUGUUACAGCUGUUAUUAUGGCUGAUAUGCUUGGUACUGAAAAAUUAACAUCAUCAUAUGGAAUAUCAUUAUUUGUCAAUGGUAUAUUGCAACUUGUUGGACCACCAAUAUGUGGUGUGAUUUAUCAAUUUAUUGGAUCUUAUGGACCAAUAUUCAGUAUUUUAGGUAUCAUACUUAUUGCUGGAGCAUCAUUGUGGGCAUUUUUGCCAUUUUUAAAACGUCAAGCUGCAAAUAAACAAAUAUGCAAAGUUUAAUAACAAAAUAUUAAUUUUUUUUUUUUUUUUAAUCAAGAAAUUUUUAUUGAAUUUCUUACACAAAAUUCUCACUGCCGCUCAUGCUCUCCAUUAUUUCUUCCAUUUUUUUUUUUUUUAAAUUUUCUUUCUGGUAUUUAAAAUAUAAAAAUAAACAAAAAAAAAAAUUUAGAAAAUGUUUAUUCAAUUUAAUGUAUAUAAAUUAUAAAAAUUAAAAAAAAAAAGAAAAUAGCGGCAUUGAUGAAGAGAAUAUAAAUAAAUUUAGAAUCAAUGAAAUAAAAAAAUUUUAAAAAUGUUAUUUAAUGUGUGAGUGUCAUUAAGACAAUAGGUGAAAAUUGUAUUGCCUUAUUAUUGUUAAUUGUAAUUAAAUAAUGUAAUAAAUAUAGAUAAAAAAAAAUUAAAAUAAAAUGCCGAAAAAAAAAAAAUAGAAAAGUACUUACACUUUAGCACAAAUUAUACAAUUGUGUCUUAACAAUGAGCAAAUAUAUUAAUUUUUUUAAAUAUAUAUUUUGAAAGAACAAAAAAAGUUUAUGGUUCAAAAACGAAAAAAAAAAAAACAUACAAAAAAUGUUAUUUUCACAAUUAUUUUACGAUGUAAUUAAAUAUUUUUAGUUUGAUUGUAAAUUUAUAAAUGUGUCAAUACAUCUUUGACAUAAAUUAAUUAAGUCAAAAUAAUAAUAUAAUUAUAACUGUUAUAUGUAAGUAAAAAAAUUUAUAAAAUUAAUUUCGUUUAAACAACGAAAUAACGAAGAAAGUAAAUUUAAAACUUGAGCAUUUCAUCAUCAUUCAUUAAUUCAUUUAUUUUUUAAAUAAAAAUAUGUCCUUGCAUUAAUCGUUGCAAAUAGACCAACAGUAUUUUAUAGAUUAUUUUUUAUCAUUUUAUUAAAAAUUAAAUAAUGAUAAAUUUCAUGCAUUGUUAAAAAGUGAUAAUAGUGUUUAUUUAAUAAUAAACAAAAUAAGAUAUACAAAAAAAAAAAAAAACAGAAAAAAAAAAAAUCAAUUAUUUGACUCAAAUUAUUUUGUAAAUAAUUUUUAAAUUAAUUCAAUCACACAUGCCCACUAAUAAUUUAUAUAAAUA